AUGGGAUUCCGGUUUGUCCAUCUCGAGGUCCACAUGGCAUGGAUUCCUCCGCCCCAGGACCCUGAAAACCUGCUGUCUCUUGUCCAGAGCUGGCUGCUGUCGGGAGCCGUCGAGCCCAACCACGGCUCCGUCCUCGCCCUCCAUCUCGGGCGGCACCUGCAGAAACAGCGGGGCGAGCUGCUGCCAAGUGACACAACUGGCGUGCCGAUCGCCUCCCCAAAACCUCUGAUCGCAAGGGGCAAAGGCUCGACAGCCAUCGCGCAUCGAUCGUCCCAUCAGGGCCCAGUUCCCGCCAUCGGCCGCCUCUAA